AUGGGAUCUUCAGCAGGUAAACUUCCAGCUAUAAAUGCUAAGGUGAUGAGAAGUGGGCAUGUAUUAUCAAAGCAGCAAAGAAUCCAUUUAUGUACAGACAUAACAGAACAGGAGAUUUAUACAACAUUGCAGUCUAUUGGGAAUGAUAAGGCUCCAGGUAUAGAUGGCUAUAAUGCACUUUUCUUUAAGCAUACUUGGAAGAUCAUUAAAAAGGAUGUUAUUGAGGCUGUCAUAAGCUUCUUCACAACAGGAAAGUUGUUUAAGCCUUUCAAUUGGAGGAAAAUUGCAGGCAACAUUAUUCUGGAUCAUGAAUUGGUCAAGGAUUAUACAAGGAAGAAUAUUUCUCCUAGAAGCAUGCUUAAGAUUGAUCUACAGAAAACCUAUGAUUCAGUUGAGUGGACUUUCCUAGAACAAGUAAUGGUAGGCUUGGGAUUUCCAGAGAUGUUUAUUCAAUGGGUGAUGCAUUGUGUCAAAACAAUGAAUUAUACUAUAGUUGUUAAUGGACAAACUACUCAAAGAUUUGAUGCAGCUAAAGACCUUAGACAAGGGGAUCCUAUGUCACCUUUUUUAUGA